AAUAGUUGUAAAUUUCAUAUCAUCAAAGCGGGGCCAACGAGAUUUUAGAUGUUCUAUGAGACGCGUUUCGAACUUUUGUAAAAGAAUCUUGCAUCUGGAGAGAUGUCCUACUUCGCGGUCUAUAUACCGCCAUCGAAGGCGGUAUUUGAAGGAAGGGCGGCGCAGUGUGCGGGCUCGAUUGCGGCAGUGAGCCUGAAGUUGCUGGAUGCCAGUAAAUCUGGGAAUGGGCCUGCAUCUGGAUCGGGACUGGCUGCAGUGCUGCCGGAGGAUUCCGAGUUUCCACCCGACUCUCCCCUUUGGCUGAUAUUCACGGAGAAAGUCCAUGCACUGAACGUCCUGCGUCACUUUAAGGACGGACGAUUGCGUGAGUUCCCCAACCAGGAGCAGGCCGAGAGCUACGUCCAGUACGGAUUCGAGAGCAUAGAGUCCCUAAAGAGAUUUGGCAAGACAAAGACUCCCAGCAGCAAGAGCAUCAGCAUUGGCUAUAAGAGCUCAACAAAUUCCACGGACAAUUCGUAUAACUCAUUCUCGCCUACAGGAAGCCACAGUGGCAUUCCCAUCGGUGGUAUCAGCGCCAAUAGCUUUGCCUCCAUGGGCGGCAGCUUACAUUUGAGCAGCUCGCCCACCUCCUCGCCGGGCAGUGGCAGUGGCAUCAUUUCCAAUGGCCGUCAGCAGCAUCAGCAGGAGCUGUCCGGAAGCGGAGGAGAGCGUCCACAGUUCCGGGCACCAGGCAAGCAGGAGUUGCAGGAAUUUCGACGGCAGAUCGAGCGUGGCAACCUUGAGAGGGUGAAGCAAAUCGUGUGGGAUAAUCCACGCUUUCUUAUCAGCAGCGGUGAUACGCCCACCUGGCUGACCGAGGGCUGUCGUUACAAUGCACUUCACAUCUGUGCGCAGGAGAAUCAGGCAAAAAUAGCCGAGUUGCUGCUAAAAACCAUCUCAGACAGGGAUUUCACGCAACUGUAUGCGGGCAAAAAGGGUAGCAGUCACAUGUUCUUUUCCGCCUUAAACGAAAGUCUCUUGGAUUACUAUCUAAACAUGCCGGACAGUGCCCGCGGCGAGACGCCACUUCACCUGGCAGCUAAGCAUGGUCAUGCGAACGUAGUCGAGGUGCUCGUCGCCUAUCCGCAGUGCAAAUCGCUAAAGAAUAUCGAUGGACUGCAGCCCAAGGAUCUCAUCUGCCAACGACCUGCGGCGGAGGCCAACAGGAAAUUGGAUGUGCUCAUGUGCGAUCCGCAUUAUGUGCCCGUGCUGAGAUCCGUGGCCAAUGAACUGCCACCCCAAGUGGGUAAACCCUUCUCACCAAAACAGCCACCGAACCUGCAGCCAAAGGACGAAUGCGGCAUUCUCAGUACACAAUUGUCCAUCAGCGCUCUGGCAGGACCAAUGUCCCGCGACAAGGCACUCAACUUUUACAAGCGAUGGAAAACACCGACUCGUGCAGGGAGCUGCGUAAAGUCACCCAUUGUCUCGCCAUCUCGCAGGCCAGCGCAGAUUCCCAAGAGCAGCAGUGCCAAUGGUAAUGGUGGUGGAACGGACCGUACGAUACGUACGGCACGCAGGCUACCCUUUGAGUCGACCGGAGGCGGCAGCAGUAGCAGCAGCAGUAGUAAUGGUAAUCUGAGCGAAAGUAACAAUAACGAUAUCGCCAAGAUGGCAGACACCUGUGAUGAUGAGAGCGUGGUCUUAGACCUAAGCCUGAUAAAUCUAUCGAGGAACGGCAGCGAGUAUACAGAAAGUUAUCGCGAGCGACACAUCAAGAACUCGGACAUCGAAAAGGGCCUGGAGGUAAUCGGACGGCAGUUGGCCAGCCAGGAGUUGCUGGAGUGGCGGGAAUACUGGGACUUUCUUGACGCCUUCGUGGACAUUCGAACGGCCGAGGGUCUGGAUCGACUGGAGGCCCAUCUGGUGGAGAAGAGCGAGCAGGCAAAGAAGGAGGAUGCAAUGAUGAAUUUUGCCCAGCUGUAUCAAAGUCUUGAUCUGGUGGCCAGUGAGCAACAGCAACAGAUGGACAGAUCCGCUGCCAAUACCGCUGAGGUUGUGCCCACUUUCACCGAAUUCCAGACGCCGUACACUUGUGUGGAGAAGUCGCUGCAGGUGUUUGCCAAGCGGAUCACCAAAACCCUGAUUAUCAAUAUCAAGGAGGUGACCAUCAACGACAUGCUGCUCGCCGAGCUGAAGAGACUCAAGACUCUAGUCGCUAGCUUUAAGAUAGACGCCCGCUUCACUCACGUCGAUUUUAGCAAGGUGCACUCCCGCAUUGCCCACUUGGUGGCCAGCUAUGUGUAUGACUCACAGGAGGUGAAUGUGGCGAUGCGUCUGCUCCUGCUUCAAAUGCUGCGCAAGCUGCUCCAGCUACUCGCCGCGGAUGAGCGUGGCCGGGAACAGCAUUUGGGCUGCUGGUGUAGCAGCCUGCUGCAAAAGCUUGAACAGACACCGGGUUCCACUGCCGUUCAUCAGCUGCCGGACGCUGUGAAUACCGAGGAGUUGUACAUUAGCGCCUGGGAGGCGGAGCAAAGCUGUCCCUGCCAGUGGGUUGUGCCGCACAAUCUCAGCCGUAAGAGCAGUCGGCGGAAGCGCACCGAAUCCCUGCGAGCCGCUGUCGCUGCCGCUACCGCCUCUGCAUCCGAAGAUAACGACAAGACUUUAUAUUAUGACUGCCUAGAGACACUGACUGUAUGUGAUGAUGGUUCUAGCAGUGACGAGGAUAACUUUAGAACGCCGCCAGAGAGCAUGACACCUCAGUGGGCCUACCAAUUAUAUAUAUAUGGCAAAGAGCCAACGAAACGGGAUGUUGACGUUCUGAAUGCCAUUAUAAAUGUGGAAUUGGAUGAGGAAACGAGACCGCGUGUCUAUGCUUGGAGAGCCAAUAUGGAAACCUUCUCCGCUGCAGAUCUGGAACUCUUUCCGUCGCCAAAGAACGUUCAGAAGACGAUAAAACCCGAUCACUGCUGGUGGGCUGGCAAAAGCAAACCAUCGAGCAAGCCACCCAAGCCCAUCGUUGCCAUUCUGGCCACACCGAAAAUAGGUUCCUUUGAUGGCAUAAUUAAAGGAGGGCGACGUGCCAGCCCCAAUCUCAGUAUUCAGCCAUCACCACCACCAGCAGCACCAGCAGCAGCGGCAGCCAGCUUCAUCGGCAAUUCAUUAUCGCCAGUUUCGCCUUUUAAAUCUUUGGCGGCUGCCGCGCAGACAUUCCCGACGGCGCAGACAUUCCAGACGCCGCUAAACAAGGUGCGUGGACUUUUUAGUAAAUAUCGGGAGGUACGUACCGCCUCCGAGCUGGACUCGUCGAGUGGCAGUGGUCGCUGAGACUACGUUUUAAAUUUAUUUUUAUUUUUUUUUGUAAUCAAAAUUUGUUGGAAUUUGUAAAAAGUUUUUGAAAUAAUUUGAAAUAAAUUAUGAAUAUAUUUCCCAAGGCAA